UUUUAUUAUUGUUGCAUAUCAAACAUUACACAUUUAGCUUUGGCACAUAUUUACUUAUCACACAAUAAACGUUACAACUCGAUCUUUGCACUCUUGCACGUCCUUGCCAAAUUAAUUUUUCGGCAAUCGCUUAUUCCGCAUUCUCAAAUCGCAUUAACAACAUCAAGGAAAAAAGUUUCAAAUACGUGAUUAACUACACAUACAAGUUCGAUAAGACCGUAUAUUUAUACCUAAAGUCGGAACAAAAUGGAUUGUUUAUCAAGUUUCCUGCAAAUUUACGGAAGUGUUUCAUCAACGAUUAAGCAUGGUUUAAGAAAAAUCCCUCCAAUAAAUUUCAUUUGUAAAAACCCAAUUUUAAACCUUUUUAUAACAACAUUAUGUUGGUUAAUAUCAAUAAUACCCUUAAUAACCCUAACAAUAAUCCUAACACUUUUAUUUUUCUAUAAAUCCUUCGUUAAAUUAAUCCUAAAACUUCGUCACGGCGAAAAUUUCGGUGGAAUUCUCCUUUCAGCGGAUACUUUAUGGAUAACGGAAGACGAAACAGCCCGAAAUAUAAUAAACGUCGUUAUGGUAGUCCAACUGGAUACCUCCAAAAAAGAUUUAAUCGAAUUUAUGCAAGAUAUAUGCAGAAAUCAUCUACUCAAAACAAAACGGUUAUCUAGUAUACGAAAAUUUUUUAUGGGUUACGGUUACUUUUUAGCCAAUCAAGUUUUAGUUGAAGAUAUUCUUUCAGUUUGUGUCGAUUUCGGUGACGCAAAAACGAUUAAUGAAGAAAAUUUAAAAGAAUUCGUUUCAAAAUAUUCAAACAUGGCGCUUCCGAAAGAUGAUAAAGCUGCUUUUGAAAUAAUAAUUUGCGAGAAAAGAGUCGUUUUUACUAAUACUAAUGAAUUAGAUAAAGAGCAAUACGCAGUCUUAUUAAGAUUUCAUCAUUCCGUAGCUGAUGGUGUAUCAUUAAUGAGUUUGCUAAGCGGAAUCGUCGAUGAUAAAGAACAUUAUCGGAUAACUUCCGAAAACUUAAAUAAACUCGAUAACAAUGAAAUAAAAAGGAUAAAAAAUCUUCUUUUUAAACGCGAUUUAAAGCGAUUUUAUAACUGCGAGUCGUAUGUAAAUACUUUAUUCGCAUUUAAAGAUAAAAAUCCUUUAAGGGUAAAUAAAUUAACAAAGGAAAAACACGUCUCUUUCAAAAUCGGGGAUAAUUCGAUGAUUGAAAAAAUAAAAACGAUACGAAGAGCGUUUAAUUGUUCGUUUAGUUGCGUUUUAUACGCAGCUGUUUCACAAAGUUUAUGUGAUUUCUUUAAAAGAAAUAAUUUAAAUAAUGAAUCAAAUAAGAAUAUUAAUGAUUUAACACUGACUUUUAUGGUGAUUCCUGAUCGAGUUCAAUUACAUUAUAAUCAUAGUGAAUUAAAGAAUUUAACUUCAAUAGGCAAUAUAAAAUUAUCAUCAAAACAUAAUUUAACUUUAAGGGAUCGUCUAGAAGAAAUCAUUAAAGAAAAUGAAAAAUAUUUAGAAUCUUGUGAUCCUUGGAUUUAUUUAUGGCAAUUAAAAACGUUUUGUAACUUAUUACCAAGCCCUUUAGUAAGAAGUUUAGCUAAAUUUAGUGCGGUUACAUCAAUUGGAUUUACAAAUAUGCCAGGAACUAAACAAGUACAAUUAAAUGGGCAAGAUGUUAGUUAUUUACUAUUUUGGGUACCCAAUUUUAUUACAACCGGAGCAAGUUUUUCAUUUUUCACUUAUAAUGAUGUGUUCCAAGUGGGCUUUUUGGUAGAUAAAACAUUAAUUCCUAAAGGAAAUGAUGUAGAAAUGAUUUUAGAGGAUAUCUUCAGUUAUAUAAAUGAGAUGUAUCACUCUUUUUGCAAUCAGAAAUAAAUUUUAUAUGUUUCUAUUUAA